AUGGGAAAUUGUCAGGCGGUGGAUGCGGCGGCGUUAGUUCUACAACAUCCCGACGGCAAAAUCGAUAGAUAUUACGGUCCUGUCUCCGUCGCAGAAAUCAUGCGUAUGUACCCUGGUCACUACGUUUCUCUUAUUAUUCCUUUGCCGGAGACGAAUAUUCCGGCGACGACGGAGACAGAUGACAAGAGCCAGAGAAGGGUCGUGAGGUUCACGCGCGUGAAACUUCUCCGACCAACGGAGAAUCUUGUUCUUGGUCAUGCUUACCGUCUCAUCACUUCACAAGAGGUUAUGAAGGUUUUAAGAGCGAAGAAGUAUGCAAAGACAAAGAAGCAUCAGAGUGAAACAACUAAAGAGAAGAAGAAGCCAUCACUGGAGAAGAAGACUGUUGAAGAAUCUGACAAUAAUCAGAAUAAUCUGGAAACGAAAGAAGAGAAGCAACAUGCAGUGUUAACAAAUUCAGGUUCGUCGAAAUCAAAAACAUGGAGGCCAUCAUUGCAGAGCAUCUCUGAAUCUACAAGUUGA